AUGGAAAAAUUGAAUGAGUCAGCAACUGAGAGGGAGGAAGGAUGGCGCAACCUAACUAACGAGCAGGUCAUGUUACAUAUAUUCAAAAUUAACUUAUUUAUCAGCAAGAUUGUUGCUGAAAUCGAAGUUAAAUUGGAACUUCUUACCGUCAAAUCAUCAGCCCACGACUGGUGCAAUUUGGUUUCACGUCUCCGCAGAGAACUUGGAAAGCUCAUCGAUUGCUUUCCCCCAUAUUCCUCAGUGAAUUACAACUCGUCGGAGGAAAGGCAAACUAAAUAUAUUCUGGAAGACUUUAAGGAGUUUAACAAAAGAAAAAACUAUCAAGAAGAAUAUUUGAAACUAAGAGCGCAGAUUUUGGCCUCUGAAAAAUUCCUUGUCGAGAAUGCUCCCUCAAAAAGAGAAAACGAAGAAUUGAAAAACCAGGUUCACCACCUAAGAGCUCAGAUCGAUUUCUACCAGUCGCGUAUUAAGGAACUAAAGACUUCUAUCAGAUGUGUCACUAGCGAAAUAGUCAGAGAGAAGAAAGCCGUGCAGCGCGAGGAAUCACUUAUGGAAACCCAAAAGGCGAACGCAAUACAGAGGUUGGAGGAACUGCGUCUCACUUUGCGUAAGAAAGAGGAACUGUUGAAGGAAACUGCCGAGCAGAGACAAAGUGAUAAGUGCGCUUUACAAAAUGAGAAAAAAGAAAAUGAAAGGCUAGUUCGCACUUUAAAUUUUCACAUAGAAGAACAAAGAGUUCUUAAAGAUAAAGUUGGAAAAGGUGUUAAAGGAAUCAUGUAA